GUAAAACCCGAAAAUGCGUCUUCUUCCAAUCCUGGUUCUAAUAUUCCUGCACCAAUCCUGGUCAAAACGUCUACCAACAGUUGUAGUGCAAAAAUGCUGUCGUCUUGGGGAAAUGUUACAACAAUUAGAUCCAUCAAAUCUGGCCAACUCCGAAGACGACUUACAAUGUAUUCCUGGUCUCGGGGAAAACUGGUUACCUCAAAUCUAUGCACCAGCCCGAAAAGUCUUCCUCAAUAGUAAAAUUAUCCCUAGCAAUUGGCAAUUGAAGGAACUCAGUAGGCCCUUUUGUGGGUUCGGGAUUAAACCAAAAUUAGUUCACCUGGCUGUUCCUUAUCUGAAUUACUACAUGUUGGCAAAUGGGAGUCUUUUUGUAGAAGAGCACCAUGUUUUGUAUGACCCGAAGGAUUUUUGUAUCGAUAAAUUGUCUGCCAUGGUUUGUGACCUGGACAGUCAGGCUGGUGCCAAUGUUACUGAACAGGUUGAGGCCUAUAUCGAUGCCAGGUUGGUGAAUAAAAAGAAAAUUAAAAUCAGGAAGUGUUGUGGUGAAGGUGGUGCUUAUAGUAGAGACAAUGCUACUUGUGUGGUUGUCCAGGGUGCUUUGGGGCAAUCUAGGAGUUUCGAUGUACAGCUGGAAGACCCUUCAAACACAACAGUAUCCUUCGUCUCAAGUUUCCCAACGUGCAAAAUAGGACACGCAGGCUUUGCCAUCAAUGCUUUACCUUCAAAUAUUGUAAGGGUGCAAAAGGACGGGUCCUUAUUCAUCGAAACAAGCCCUUCGGAUUCGACAACACUGCUGCCGUCGGCCUUUUGCAUCGAGAGAGCAUUGCCGCAUAAUUUCCAGGAGUUGCAGAAACGUCUUCAACCUGAUACUGCUUUGACGUACAAUGAUGUCAGUGAUGGAAAUACGAUGACGGAUCCUGAAAUCAGGACCAAGAUCACCUCCAGGGAUUUGUCGGAGAUGAACAAUGUCAACCUGCAGGAGGAUUUGCAGAAAGUGCAUGUGUUUUCUUGUAUCGGGGAUAUUCCUAUUGUGAAGACGCCUGUUGAUACUUACGACGAACUUAGAUACACACUUUAUCCGAUAAGUUUGGCUCUAAGUGUGAUUUUUCUUCUGGCAACUUUGGCGGUUGGUUUUUUGGUGCCAGGGAACCACCAUGCUUUACAUUGGAGGUGCCAAACUUAUUACGUAACUUGCCUUUUAUUUGGUGACACCCUUUUGGCAGUCAGCCAAUUGGCUGGAAGAGAUUUGGACGCCAAAGUUUGCGUAACCAUAGCAAUUUUGAUGCACUUUUUCUUCCUGGCUGCAUUUUUUUGGCUGAACACAAUGUGUUUUAAUAUUUGGUGGACAUUCCGGGAUUUCCGUCCAAGUUCCCUAGAAAAGGGCCAAGAAUCCUGUCGUCUGAGGGCCUAUGCGGCCUAUGCCUGGGGCGGCCCUUUAUUGAUAGCAGGUUGUGCAGCCCUGUUAGACAAUGUUCCUGAUUCUUCAUCAGGAUCUGGUGGCCCAUCAGUUCUUAGGCCCAAAUUUGGAGAGGAGAGGUGCUGGUUUUCUGGUGAUUUGGAAAUCCUGACCUACUUCUACGGACCAAUUGGACUGCUCCUCUUCGUCAACUUGUUGCUAUUCACAUCAACAGCAAGACAACUCACCUGUGGUCUUUGGAAACGAGAAGAAGUAAAAUCCACCACAGAAAGGGCUGCUCUUGGAAGGGUUUGUAUGAAACUGGUGGUCGUCAUGGGUGUGACUUGGAUUGCAGAUGUCAUAUCUUGGGGCGUUGGAGGGCCACAUUAUAUCUGGUACGCUACUGAUCUAAUCAACGCCUUGCAGGGAGUCUUGAUCUUCAUUGUUGUCGGUUGUCAACCACAGGUUUGGGCAGCCCUAAAAAGGCUCUACGCAGACCACUGUUGCCACAGGACAACGAGCAACCCGAAUGCCCCACAACAUUCUUCCAGUUCUGUUGGAGGCCUACCAUCAAUUGGAGACUCUGUCACACACAAUACCACAGCUAAUGUUACCACAAAUAAAAUACCAAUGGAGACUGUUUGUUAA